CUCUGACUUUCUCAUCCCAUUGGCCUAGCUGUACAAUCUUCCCGCCCUCCUUCUUAUUGAGACUCCACCCAUAGGUUCGUCAGAGGCGACUGGGCCCUCACUCGUUCCUUCCUUCCUGCUGCCUCCUGUGUGAGUGAGGUUCGCUGUCCGGGGCCUGCGCUACAUUGUGUAACCUCCCGCCCUGUUGCGCCCGCAGCUAGUCGAUCUGUCUCAAGCAAGUGAAAGCCGCGUCCCGAGUUGUCCCGCAGUGAUUAUGCAUAAGGAGCACCUGGCCCAGGAUGAGAAUAGUAAUCCCCGCGAAGGCCCCGGCAGCCGGAAGAAGGACAAACUGAGUCCCAGCGAGCAGGACAUGAACCACAUUAACAAGAGCAAAGCAAAGAGCGGCUCAUGGGAAGCUAAUGGCUUUGGGCCGGACCCAGAGAUAGAGACAUUAGCCGGCCGUACAGAAGACAGUGUCCCUCUCAGCCCUUCCAACUCCCUCAACCUGCGUCACCUGAGAGGCUGCGAGAGAGACCCAUCCGGGCGCCCACACCAACGCUAUCCUUCCAGCCAUCACCACUCCUACAGCUACUCCUCCCAUCAUCACUACCGACCCUUCUACUCCGGCUACCGCAAAGGCUACUGGGACUAUGAGAGCCAGUAUAGAGAUGGCAAGCGCAAAGAAUGGGUGCCCAGGCCUGGAGGUGGCAGUCGCACUCAGCGCUCUAGGAAUGGGGAGUCCUUUAACUCUACAGAGUGUGUAGCUGGGAGGCCUGAGCAGCCCGGGGUAGAGAAAGAGAAGACUGUGCAGACUCCAGUGAUAUCCCGCCAGCCCUCACCCCCAGCUAAGGAGGAACAGACAACAGACAGCUGGCUCCUCUUUAAACCUCUGCCAGUGUUUCCAGUUGAUAGCAGCAGUGCCCGAACACUGCCCAAAAUCAGCUAUGCCAGCAAGGUGAAGGAAAACCUGGAUAGCAAAGGACUUGUGCCCAGCAGUGCCCUCCGAACCUCCAACAGCCUCCCUAAUUGCCUGCUGAGCAGCACUGUAGCCAAUAGCCAUCCCACUAGCCCAGCACAGACUUCCCUCUACUCCUCCUCUUGCUCCUCCCUCUCCUCAACUCCUCCUUCCCCUGUAAGCCAGGACAACCUGGGGGCCAUUUUUCAGAAUGAGUGGGGACUGUCUUUUAUCAACGAGCCAGGGGCUGGGCAGGCACCAGUAGAAAGUCAUGGGUUAAAGGAUGGACCCAUAGGAGAGAAGGAGGAAGGUCAGGCUGCUACUCCAGUGUGUGUUUUGGAUCGUCUCAAGCUGUGUGGCUUCUACGUGGAUACAGUUGAGGAUGAUGCAGCCGGUCUGGAGAAUCCUAGAGACUGGGAGUCCAUGGUCCAGUACAGUAUGAGAGAGUGGAAUGUAGCUUGGACUAUACACAAGAAAGAUCCUUCUCGAGUAGUCGUUUAUGCAGAAUCCAUGGAUGGGAAGGGCUAGUCCCUCCUGCCUUUCUGGGGGUGCAGAGAGCCACGUGGACUGCCCCCUCCCCCAGACAGAACACAGAGAUUCAAGAUGCCACUGAAUUGGUGCCCCACGAAAGCCCCCUCGGCCCUCACUCUCUCAUGCUGUCCUGCUCUCCUGUAUGGGGGAAGGGCUACGGACGCAUCUUCUGGACAAAUAGUUUUUAAUGCUAUUUUCCUGCUUUUUUUGUUUUGCACCUUUGUAUGACCCUUCCAAUGUGCGAGGUAACCCCUCCGAGAUGCGAGAGGUUUAAUCCACGCACUGGGCUUUAAUUGCAUCAGACUCCAUAGGAGUUGGCUUGUUGCUUUCCCUGCAGCUGGACCCUUUCUUUUCUUGCUUUUAUUCAGCUGCUGAGUCUUCCCCCACCCCCAGUGUAGAUUGCUAAGGAUUUUGCCAUUUACCAGGCUGGAUCCAUUAGCUCCAGUCUCUUGUCACGGUUUUGUCACCUGUAGAGGUGGGACUGGACAUACUCUGCACUACUCUACACUGAUUCAGGCCUGAUCCGACUAGGAUUCCUGCCCCCCAGCAGAGUUUGCAACGCACCUUCCUUCCCCCUCUUUUAACCCUUUCCAUGCUAAACUCUUGGCUGUGACACCAAACUGGCAAUUGGUUUCCUGUCAGCCUGGGAUUUAUAUUGUGAUUAAAGCAAAAAUCUGUUUUAUUAUCUAGUUUUAUUUGAAUGUAUCUUCUGUUGAUUAGAACUCCUGCUGUGGAAACCUUGUUCCCAGAGCUCCGGGCAAAUGCUGCAGAACUUUUAUUUUUUUUUUUAAUUGGCUAAGAAGCACUUUUAUUUCAAUAAAUCUUUUUUAAAAUGUU